GUGGGUUUGGGCGCUCCGCUGAAGAAACAGUGUGUUGCGCUGCGCUGUGCUGUGUUGUGCUGUACUGUAAGAAAGCGUGGCUGUGCUGCCGCCUCAUGCUCCAGCCUCUCACCCCGCUUGCACUGUCGUCACUGACAACGUAUGUCCUGCUUUGCCCUGCUUCUGCUCUCCACCAGCUUUUCUUGCUUUGCUUCUUCUUCUUCUUCUCCCCUCUCCCGUCUAUCCGCCCGAACCUGGACGCACGUGGUUCCCUCAUCUUCUCUUUUGUUGCAGAUUUUCAUCGUCUUCAACAUCGACGCUUUCGCCGCGGGACAUUACCAAAAUACGGCGCAUCCCUUUUCUUUCCCCCAGCUUCCCCUCCUUUCCACGCCUUCCGAAGCUUGCCUGCGAGCUCCUAGCUAGGCCGCCAACGUUUCGACUCUGAGCAGGCAUCCGCUUUCUCAUCUUUCUACCCUUUAUUAACCUCUGAGCGAAUUGUUUCUCACCUCUCCCUGACAAUUCGCCCAUCAUGUCCUCUCUCAACCUCUCCAUCAAUGGCCCCGCCAUCAAGAGCUCCUACGCCGGUGUCGUCAACGGCCAGGUCCCAGCUGCGGAAGCAACAUCCGCAAGAUGGGCUCUCUUCUCAGUUCAAGCUCCCCUAGCCAAUGCCUUCCAAGACAGCGGCAACAAGGAGAGUGUUCUCAAGGUUCAGUCAACUGGCGAGGGCGACUUGACCGAACUCACCGAAGACUUUAGCGAAGGCCGCAUUCAAUUUGCGUUUGUCAAGGUAAAGGACCCCAACACUGGCCUGCCCAAGCAUGUCCUCAUUGCCUGGUGCGGCGGCGGUGUCCCUGAGCGCACCAAGGGCUACUUCACUAGCCAUCUCAAUGCCGUCUCCAAGGUCUUGCACGGCUACCAUGUCCAGAUUACUGCUCGCUCUGAUACCGAUCUGGAGCCUGCUACGAUUAUGCAAAAGGUGGCCGAUGCUUCGGGUGCCAAAUACUCUGCUGGCGAUGCCCCCGUCAGCUCCUCUGGCCCACCCCCUCCUGUCAAAUCCAAGCCAGUGUUUACUCCCACAGCUUCUAGCGCCGGUCGCAUCAACCCUCUUGUCGCUGCCCGAAACAGAAGAGACGAAAAUGUCGACGCCGAUGGCUGGGGUGCCGACGCCCCUCCUGUUACGAGAACCGAGCUCGAAAAGGUGCAGACUGCUUACCAACCCACCAAGGUGGACAUGGGCAACCUCACCAAGCAAUCCGAGCCAUCGCGAUUCACCCCCGCCCCCCGAAAUGAUACUCGCAGCGAUGUAGUCGGUGGUGGUUACCAGCCUGUUGGCAAGGUGGAUAUCGCUGCCAUCCGCGCCCAGGCAAAGAAUACUCAGGACGAUAGACCAACCAUUGUCAAGGGCGCCUACGAGCCUGUCGGCAAGGUCGAUAUUGCCGCUAUUCGUGCCAAGGCCCAAAAGCCCGAAUCUUCAGCACCUGCCGCACAGGAGGAGGAAGAGCCCAACAGACCUCUUGCUGAUCGCGCCGCUGCCUUUAGCCAACCCGCCCAGUCUGAGCGCUUGACCUCACUACCCAAGCCCAAGGUUGCCAACAAGUUUGGCGGAGCCGCCAGCUUCACUGGCACCAAACCACCUGCGCCCGGCAACUCCGGAGGUCUUCUUGGUCCUUCUGGCCCUGCCGCCGCUCCUGUCACAACCACUAGCCGAACUUUUGCCAACGAGGGCGGCAAGACUCCCGCUCAGCUCUGGGCUGAGAAGAAGGCCGCUCAGGGCGGAGCUCCUGCAGCUACGCCUUCGGUCCCUACUACUACAUCUAGCACAUCUCCUAACCCGGCACAGGGUGAGUGGAAGAGCGGAUAUGCAGGCAAGUCGUGGGCUACUGUCCAGACUCCCGCCUUUGGACGUGGUGGUGUUGAUGUAGUCAAGGAGAAUGACCGCGCCGAGGGUGACGAACCUCAAGAAGAGGAAGAGGCUUCUGGAGCUGGUGGCGUGUCUGCUUUGCGCGAUCGCUUCAAGGGCACUGCCCCCAUCUCUGCAGGAUCUGCCCCUUCUAUUCCCCGCGCCGCCGAGACGCACCACGAACAAGAGGCUCCUCCCCUUCCUGUACCAGGAGGCUCCCGCCCCAGUGGUGGCUUUGCUUUGCCUGGUCUUCCCUCGCGGCCUGCUCCCGCUGACGAAGAGGAAGAGGAAGAAGAGUCUCACGAGCGCGAAGAUUCUCCAAUCCGUGUCGCCCAGCCCGUCAGCCGAGCGCGUGCGCCCGAACCGGAGCCCGAGCCUGAGCCUGAAGCCGAACCUGAGCCCGCGCCCGUUCCCGUCCCCAUUCGAUCCCUUCCUCCCCCGGCCCCUGUGCAGAGAGAGCCCGAGCCGGAACCGGAGCCUGAGCCUGAGCCCGAGGUGGAACAUGAGCACGCUGCUGCCGCUGGCGGCCAGUCAGCUGUAAUCAUCUAUGACUACACCAAGGACGAGGACAACGAGAUUGAUCUUACCGAGGGCCAGAUGGUCACCAAUAUUGAGCAGGUUGAUCCCGACUGGUGGAUGGGCACCAACGUACACGGUGAGAGCGGUCUCUUCCCCAGUGCCUACGUCUCUCUUGUGGAAGAAGAGGAAGAGGCUGCUCCUGCGCCAGUUCCUGCUAGAGCGCCCAUGCAUGCUCCUGUUCCUGCUGCCCCCGAGCCUGUUGAGGCUGCCGGCCCUACCGCCACUGCUUUGUACGACUACGAAGCUGCCGAGGACAAUGAACUGAGCUUUGGCGAGGGUGCCACGAUUACAGACCUUGAAUUCCCCGAUGACGACUGGUGGUUUGGCCACUACAACGGACAGUCGGGCCUGUUCCCCUCCAACUAUGUUGAGAAAAACUAAGGUGAUUGAUUGACGAUGGCAUAUAUACUUUUUCUAUGUUGUGGCGGUGGUUUUCAUGACGAGGUAGAAUGCGCAUGGACACGAUUUCUGUUUCAAGUUUGAUAGACAAUGGUAUUCAUUUACAAUGACCCCGAUGUGGCGCGACUUUCUGGUGUGAUGAGUGGGCAAUCGAUGGCGUCGCGUAGAGAUCAAGAUUCCGUGUGACGUAAUUCACUGGCCUCGGCUUUUGUACCUGCGUCAUGCACAUGUUUUUAAAAUUUACUUUUGUGUUUUGUGCGACGGGAAUUGAGGCGCAUUCGUUUGUCGGUGCUAUUCUACAAAGUUGGUGGUGAGAUUCACAAAAGCACGGUUAACGACUCAAUUUUUUUGGACAAGUAAUGAAAUU